AUGGAUAUGGAAGAAAAGGUGAAGGGUUCUCAUUUACGAGGAAAGACAUACACAGUUUCCCAAGAUGGUUUGUGUCCACGCUGCGGGAACUCAAACAGACUUUAUGUAAUCUUGGACAAGUAAGUGUUUGUGAGUCUGUGAAGAUUGUUUUUCACCCUAUUAGAUUUGGUUCUCACUUAGCCCUGUAAUCCCCAAUGUCCACAUACAAAUUCGCCAGACUGUUCUUUAUACAUUUUCUUGGAGAAUUAGUUGGGAAAAUAUUAAAAACAAUCAGGGCAUUUCCCCUUUGGUGCAGCCUGGUUAGUUCAGUUGGGAGAGCACCGGUCUGCUGAGCGGGAGGUCGCGGAUUCAAACCCUGGCCGGACCAACACUCAGGGUCUUUAAAAUAACUGAGGAGAAAGUGCUGCCUUUGCAAUGACAUCUGCAAACGGUUAGACUUUCUAGUCUUCUCGGAUAAGGACAAAAAACUGUAGGUCCCAUCUCACAGCACUUUCACUUAUCUGGUUCUUGAGGGACGUAAAAGAAACCACACCACUCUCCAAAAAGAGUAGGGGACGUAGACCCCGGUGGUGUGGCCAACCUCUCCUCGACUGGGUGGGUUAUCUGCAAGGACACGCUUAAUUUGGAGCCGCGCUCUGCUUUGUGUUCGACACCGUAUGGUGGAAGUGAUUAAAUAUAUAAACAAUUAAAUCAUUUAACCAGUUCUCAUAACUUUUUCCCUUGAUUAUGUACUGAUUUUGUGUGGAGAAAAUUGAUGUUGGUCACUCUUGGGACUAAAGGGUUAAUUUUAAUGUUAUUACAGAUUAUUCCCCAUGGGCGAUAUGCCGGAAAUUCUUCACAGUCUCAUAGCCAAAGGAAGGGCAAUUCUUUGGUCAAGUCAAGAGAGAGAAGGCUACAAGGUGAGACUUUGGCUGAUAACUCAAAACUGAUAACUGGUGCGGUCAGUGCUCGAAUGUAUGAUGGACAAUUUCCUUAAUCAACUCACAUGAAGGUCUACAGCUGAGCAGGAGAUAUCUUAAAGCUUACUUUGUUGACUUAAACUUCAGUGUACUNAUGUUAUUACAGAUUAUUCCCCAUGGGCGAUAUGCCGGAAAUUCUUCACAGUCUCAUAGCCAAAGGAAGGGCAAUUCUUUGGUCAAGUCAAGAGAGAGAAGGCUACAAGGUGAGACUUUGGCUGAUAACUCAAAACUGAUAACUGGUGCGGUCAGUGCUUGAAUGUAUGAUGGACAAUUUCCUUAAUCAACUCACAUGAAGGUCUACAGCUGAGCAGGAGAUAUCUUAAAGCUUACUUUGUUGACUUAAACUUCAGUGUACUUUUUUUUUCUGACAGCAAGGCAGAUUUUGUCAUUUAACUCUGCCUCAUUGUUCAAGGGUCUGUACAGCUCCAUUUUUGUUAUCAGGCAAUGACCUUGCAGAAUUUCCUCCAAAAUAGUGUGAAAGGGUAUAUUAAAGCCAAGAGGAUGGCCCCUCACUCGUGGUGCUCAAAAUUAUAUGAGCCAAACAAAGUAGCAGUUGAUAUUUGAGCAAAUUUUCCUUUGGGAAAUGAAAUGCUCCAGCUUUUUAUUCAAAAUAUGAUGAGGUGGUUAAAAGCAGUGUAUAUGUUAUAGGUAAACUUAAAUUUUGUUGUCAACAGUUACACCAUAAUUCUUUUGUCUUCUAUGAAUAAGGAAACAAAUAAAACUGCAUCAAACUAGGUUAAAUACUGAUUUAACCUGAGAUCUUGUUCAUGUAUAUAUGUUACAGGUUAAGACUUUUUUUAACCAGGGGUUUCAUUAAGCACUGACAGCUGAUGGAAUGUGUCGGCUACUUUGCACAUAGAAGUCAGCUGCCUUUUUCUAGAAAGAAGACUGAAGCCAUUAGUUUGAAUAAUGUUGUAAACCAAAAAUAUAUCAUAAAAUCUGAAUGGAAACGUAAUUAUUAUGUGUUUUCAUGAAGCCCACAGGUUUUACUUUGCUUUAGUCAUGUGAACGCUAUGUUCCAGUCAUUUUUUCACAAGUUUCUUUAUAGGUUUACACAGAAUUUGUUUACAUACAAAACGAAUAAUUUAAUUUUCGUCAUUUGUUCAUUGCUUGUAGGAAUUUAUUGUGUGGACUGAUAAAUUAAAAAAUUACAUUGUCAUGAAUGAAAAACCCACUCUUUUCAUGUGAAAUUUAGCCCCCAGGACACUGAAAAUUGCACUUUAGGGGUUUGAAAUUUUAAAAUUUUGUGGGGUCUCGUUGAUACAGUUGGUUAAUGUAUAUGGAUAACGACCAGAGCGUUCAGGCUGAAGGCCCUUGUUUUUUGUUCUGAGUCAAGGAGCUCUAAUUCAAGAUACUGUAUUUGUUUCCUUUCUGUUAACCUAAUUUAUACCUAUACAGGACCCACCCACAUUUCUGUGCCGUGGAUUUUGUCCUCCUGACCCACUGGGUGCGGGGUUUAAUGUUAACUGGGACAAUGUAUCAGUGUACAAAAUCCUGGAGUCUCUGGAUCGGCCUUUACAGGUAUCAAUCACACCAGAUAUAAUAAUUAACCAGUCUAUUGUGCAGGUUAUUUCCAUGAUAAUUGUAAUCCUGUUUUUUUCUCACUACCAUAACUAAAACAUUGCUUUUUAUAACAUUUUCUCUUUCUCUCAGUGUUGUGACACAGUUGCAUCCGAGCAAAAUCUUUUAAACUUGUUUAUUAAGUGUUCAGCUAGAUGGAUAAAAAGCUCAUUGCAAAUGAUUAACCUCUGUAGUCAAUUAGGCAUUGUUUCAUAGUUUGGAAUGAAACAGGGCUGAUCUCCUCAAGCGCUUGGUUCUUUAUCAAUCACUUUGAUGGAAUAGACGAUCAAACAUGAUAUCUUUCUUGCAUUAUUUUACUCUAAGAAGGCAAUUAAUCCUGUAUCAAGCCCUCAAGGAACUCAAAAUCAAGGUUAGUCCUGUAUUAUUUUUUGUCCUAUUCUUGUAUCUACACUUUUUAAAAGACAUUUUUAUCUCUUUUUCUCAGUGGUAUAUGUCUCACAUUUGUGAUUUGUGAAUUUGUGUAAAUGUUGCGCAUGACAUUAUUUUUACAUGACUGAAAUUUAUGAACUGAUCGGUUUAGUGUGGAAUGUUUGUUACACUUAUUUGAGUCUAUUUAUUGAUGAGAAUUUUGCUUUUAUCCUCAUGAUACAAAGGUGGUGAACAUUCUAGCCAAGAUGAAUCGUCAGACAAUCCAUUUGUUGUUUUAGAUGAUUUUCAAGGCAGUGAAAGUGACGUUGAAAGAAACAUGUCCAACACUGCAGCAGCAGUUCAAAGUAUGUAUGUAAAUUAGUUACAUUUUGAUUCUCUUUUGGUUUCAUUUUGUUUAUUUGAUUUUAAUGUAUAAUGCUUUGUUAUUACUAGUGUUACUGGUAUGUUCUGUUUAAGCUGUACUAAAGCUUUCCAUUCCUUUCUUAGGUAACAAAAUUAUAGAAAUUCAGCUGUAAGUGGUUAAAUGCAAUUAGCUUCAUAAUAAUAACGCUUUCCCUCUUGUCAGGUUCGUCCGACAAAGAAGAAGAAAAUGAAGAAGAGGAUGAUGAUGAUGAACUUGAUGAGGAAGAGCUAAUCAAGCAAAUGCUUGCUAAAGAACAACAAAAACUUUCCCAAGAAAACAGUGAUGAUGAAGAUGCCAUGGCUGAUGAUGGUGAUGAUGAUGAGGAGGAUGGCAAUGGUGAUGAUGAUGAUGCAGGCGAGAGUGUUUCUGAGGCUGCAACAGACUCUGAACAUUUUUCAGAACAAACUCCUUCUUCUAGUAAUGUAGCUAGCUCAGUGGCAUCUAUGACAACCUCAACAGUCAAGAAGUCAUCAUCUACAACCAGUAGCACAUCGGCAUCGUCAACUGCAAAUCAGUACCCUGUGUCAUCCACUGGUCGUUGCCCAUAUUGUGGCUCAUCAGAUGUGAAAUACAUUAUCGUGGUUUCAGAAAACACAAAAGACUCUGAGUUGCCGCAGAGUCUUCAGCAACUGCUUACGGGCAAUCAUGCUUUUAAAAUGGCCAAAGGUGAGGUGCAUUGGGAAGAAAAACAAAAGGGAGAAGUGUAUUCUUAUGCAUGCAUCUUAAUGACACUUGAUCUAGUGGCUGUUAGACCUCACCUUGUAGUCCUGGGGUACUUACCAUAUUUACAUGGGAAAACCAGAAAUUCUGGAUGAAAAAUCAAAUGGCUUGCACCAUUCCAUUUGGAAAACCCUCAGAAAAUAUGGUCUGUGAUUUGAGGCGAUGCAAUUUUUCUACACUGUUAAGUUUGUUUAGCUGAUUUGGAUAUACUUUGUAGUGGGUUGUUCUCCCAACACGUCAGUUUUUGUAGUGUUAUUUUCAUGAACAAGAUAUCCACCGUGGUAAUUGUGUCAAUGGUAAGCACCCUUGGUUCAUUAUAAAGGCUCUGUUAAGUCCUAGACAUGGAGGGGAGAUACGUAUUUCAGGCCCUAAAAGACAGGCUGUCUAGAGAUUGGCCUGCUAGAAAAUCAAAUUUAUAAUUAACUUUUGCAAUAAUUUUUGUACAAAACACUAGUAAUCCUAAAAUAUGCUGUGAAAUGUAUUCUAUACUUGGUUCGUUUUCAAUAAAUGAAUGAUUGAUUCACCAACUGGAAUGAUGGCUUUGGCUUAGAACAGAAUUUGGGACUUGAGUUACAAACUGCCAGCCCCGAUGCCACAGAGAGGUCAGCAGUGUUUAGGCCUUUGGAAAGUUGCGAAAUAACUCUUUCCUCUUAACAUCUUGUCUCUCGUUAAGACUAGUUAUUUUCUUGUAUAGUUAUUUUAUUGUAUUUGCAGUAACUAAAAUUUUUACAUUUUCCUAAACUAGUUUUGAGAAUAUAUUAAUGUGGAAGCUCUCCAAAGAAUUGAAUCUUAACAGUGUCUGCAUUUGAAUUACUAUUAUUUGUGGCAUGAAUGGAAAGAGCUAGGACUUAAAAUGUGCCACUCGCUGACCAAGGCUUGAUUUGAUAAAGAGUAAUAACAAUAAUAAUAAUAAUAAUGCUUGAAAUAAACUGGCCACUUUACAGUGCAUGGCUUUUAUAUGAUACUUUAAGUUUGUACUCAGAAACAUCAUGUCUUGAAAGUAAGAGAAACCACUUUAAAAGUACACACAGGUAGUUUUCCCUUUUGAAGAUCCCACCGUAGUGGUGUUUAUGAGGACUUGUCAAAUUGUCAGAAAAAAUGAAUAAAUCUAAGGCUUGAGAUUUCAUACAACUUCUCAUUUUGCCGGCAUCAUGUCUGGUAAGAGGUUUAAUUUGAAAAACCUAGGUGCAUGUUGAUUUGCCAGACUUGGUAUAAAUGACUGGUGCGAAUUCUGUUGAGAAAUAAGUCUUUGAGACUCAUAAACACAAAUCAAUAAGUUUUGUCUUUUGAAAGAUCCUAUUCCAAUUUUUCAAGCUCACUAUUUACCCCUGUUUUCUAAAUUGCUUUCGCCUUUCACCAGAGACAUCAACCAUUUGGUUUAUCCCCCUUAUUAAGUACUCUACAAUGUCCACUCUCCAAAAGGGUAGCAAAAAACACACUAGUCAAUACUGCACAAUACCAGUGUGUAUCCACCUGACCACUGUUGAUCAUGAGCUCUGAAACACUUCUCUUAAUGGUUGCAUUCAACUUUGUGUUACAUGUACUAUGUUGAAGUCUAAUCAGGGUCUUAUGUUAUUUGUCUGAUUCAUAAAUCAGUUAGAAUGAAAUCUGGUCUAUCAGUUUGAGAUAAAUCCGAAAUGAUCAUAUAGAGGAUCGGUGCAAGCAAAUUCUAAUUAUUUCUUGACCGGCAAUUAACCACUCAUUCUUUGGGAGGUCUUUUUAUUUUAUGGCCAGUAACUUAUAAAAGCAGCCGCUGACUUGGAUUGUCGUCACUACUCCACCAUCUUCGUCUAUGCUGUUUCAAGUUAAGCCAUUCCAAAGAUGUUCUAAGGACAAAGAAGAAGUCAAACAAAUCUGCUGUUUUGGUGUUUUUUCCAUCGGUUUUUUAUAUUUUGUUAUUAACAAUAUUCGCAAUGUACUCUUGUGCAUUAUUGCAUUUCUAAUAAGAACCUACCAAGAUACUGAAGAUAGAAGAUCUAGACAUCAUUACAACUCCAAAUAAACUGAACUCUUUUUAAAACUCAGGAAGAACGUUGGAGAACUUUGAUGUUUAAAUGAUUUAUUACUAUUUUUACUAACAAUUUAUUGUUAUUGUGAACUGUAAUAAUUUUCAAAUAUUUUUAUUGUUUUAAUUUCUCAGUAUUGGUGACGAUGAUUUAAGCAUUUGUUUUUGUUAUGGUUGUUAUUGGAUGAUCAGCUUCAAUACCAGGUCUAAUUUGCUUUUUAUUUGUUGCAUUUUAGGUGACAGUGAGCCUCCAUCCUUUCAGUGCCAGAAAUGCCAAUAUGGCUUCAACCUGAACUGGUCCAUGACAAACCUUGAAAUGAUUUUUGGACUAUCCUCUGCUAGUACACCAGCUGCCACUAGUGCAGCUACGCCCUAUAAAUCAACACCCACUACUGCAUUCCAGACACCUCAUGCACCAUACAUACCACCUGCUGUUUACUCACCCUACCACCGGCCAAGUGUUCCACCUCCAGGGUACCCUCCCCCUGUGAGUGUACCUCCCCCUAUACCACCAGUGCCUCAUCUUGGGUAAGUUAAAGGAUGCCUGCCAAAGUUAUGCCAGUCCGAUACUAAAGCAGACAAAUACUCAAAGCCUUCUUAGGUAGUUUGUUUAUUUGGACACAUUUGAUAUCCUUCUGAAAGAGUGUUGGUGAUUUUUAAGGCUUUUCUGUUAUGGCUUCCUGCUUCCCUUGCACACUUACAGAGAUUGUCUGUCUUGAAAAUUAGUCAGUAGGCUCACCUGCUAAGAGCAGUCACCUGCAUCCCUGCCGUUAUUCACAGACACAUUGCCAGAUUAUAUGUUAUUAUGGACUAGAGUUGAAACUUUUGUGAGCAUGCUGUCUUUUAUUCAACCUAAGCACGUCUGUGUUACAAGUGGCUGUCUUCUGAGUUAUACUAAUUUGUAAUUUCUGCUUUUUUUCUUUUCUCAACAGCUUUCCACCUACCUACCCUGGUUAUUAUGGUUCAUAUUAUCCUCCCGCUCCAUUCCCACCACCCAUAGGUUCUUAUCCUCCCUAUACACCACCUACCAUACCACCCCCUGGAGUACCAUAUGCUAGGAUACCUCCCCCAGUUAUACCCCCACCUGGUAUACCACCUCCUGGGGUAGUUCCUCUUGCAAUACCACCCCCUAGGAUACCUCCCCCUGCGAUACCACCCCCAGGUAUUCCUCCACCUGGUAUACCUCCUCUCCGUAUGCCUCCCCCUGGACUGCCACCUCCUGGAAUACCACCCCCAGCGAUACCACGCCCUGCCUUACCACCCCCUCGGGUACCACCCGUUUACCCCGCUCCAGCUGUUUCUUCUGUUCCCCCACCAACAUCACCUGUUAUGAGUAACUAUGCUCAAUCUCAGUCUAUGCCCCAAGUCAAUUCACGUUACCCUCCUACUUCUACCAGUGGCUAUCCUCCCCCUCCUGCUAGACUUCCAUCUUACCCAACCCAACAGCAUGUCCGACCCCAAAGGCCGGGGGUGCCUCAGUCAUGGUACCAAGCUCCUGGGUAUUCAGCAGCAACAGCACAGCAAAACGUAUCCACCGGCCAGGAAGCUGCCGGAGAUGUUGUCAAUGAUGUAGCAGCUGCUCGAUUUGAGAUGGUGUUGAAUCAGAUUGACCGGGCCAAAGCUCGAGUUCGUAAUGAGAAGGACAAGAUGAUAGAGUUUCAGAAAGCAGUUCAGCAGUUAAACGAGGAACCCAACGCAUUGACAGACGAAGGACAAAAGAUGCCAGAAUUUGAGGAAAAACCGCCGGGAGAUGAGGAUAUAGGUUUGUUAUUUCCUCAUGCACCAUGUCUACUUGAAAAAUGACAGGAAUUUAGUUUUGAGUCAGAAAGGCGUAAUUUUAUAUAUCGUUUUUACCGUUACUUUACAACAAAAACAAAACAAUUUCAUAAAGUAAAUUGUGAAAGUCUAAGCGAACCUUUUCCGUUUUCGUUGUUUUCGCCCUAUCCUUGAUCUCUGAUGUUGACCAUUUUUUUCGCUAUCUGUAUUUCUUAACAGAGCUGACAUUUUGUAUUUUUAUAUCUAUUUUUAUAUAUUCAUCGUUUUUUUAGGAUGCUUUUAAGAGCAUGAAAGUUGAGAACAGAUCAUCUAUUGCUGGCAGGGAAAUUUAUAUUCAUGUCCCCUAAACAAAUUAAUUUCUUUUUCUCCUUCAGUGUUUGGCUCCAGUGAAGUUAUUACUGAGUCUUCGGCACUUGAGAAAGACGCUGAACUGCCAUUAAACGCAUCCGUUUCAGAAAACUCAGCUUCCCUGUCGGAAGUGGAUCCCUCUGGUUUCACCGAACAAACAGACUCGUUUAUCAGGGAAAAUGAUGCUAUAUCGCGUGACAUCGAGGCAUUGCCGCGUGACAGUGUUGCAACAACUGCCAAUGAUGCCGUGAUGCGUGACCUUUCUGACGUCGGUGAGACUGUAGCUGUCACAAGUAAUAUUACAGGAAAAGCUGUCACUGAUGCGGGCGAAGAAGUAAACAAAGAUAGUACCACUGAAGAUGAACCAGAAACACUGAAAACAACAACCAGGGCAGCUCCAACCCGACGAGGUCGCUCUGGACGCUCUACAAGACAAGAGAAGUUAUCAAGUCCGCCUACCGCAGUUCCCACUCGGCAGACAAGGCGAUCGCGGAGAUCUGAACCCACCGGCACCGAUACCACAGAGGAUGCACAUUCAACUAGUUUUGAAGAGGAAAUUGUGCCAGUUACUGGGAAGACCAGAAAGUCCCGCAUGACAAAACCAGUCAGUGAAAAACAAAACAGGCUGGGCAUGAGAAACGACAAUCAGGAAAGCAUGCAAGGUGGAGUGGAUACGAGUGACACCGACAUAGGCGAGUCGUCAGAUGUGUUAAGCCAAAGCAGUAGCGUUGUUCCGCAGACCGAAAGUGACUCCGUGCCUCCAGGUCCUAGUGAUUCACUUCCAUCCUCUUCUGAAACAGAAACUGCUGGUGUUGAUGUUGAACGACAACAGCCGAGGAAACAAACACGGGGUAGGAAGAGAAUGCCAGUUGCAACCAUUGCUGAACCAUCCCUCAAGAAAGCUAGACAACAUGCGGCAGAAGAGAAAGAACACAAUAAAGACAAAGAGUCCGGAGUUGGGGGUGGUUUAGUAGUCAAUCCACCUAUUGUUACCGCGGAGGGAGACGUGGAGAUGGCCGAUGUACGUGCUGCAGAAGAGGAAUCCCCAAGGCUUCCAUCUAGCCAAGAGAUUGAAAAUGUUGCUAUGGAUACAGGCAAGGAAGAGCUAACGGAACUAAGUGAAGGGGUUGAAUCUGCAGAAGUCACACAGGAACGUAAAAAGCAGCCCUCUAAGACGCGGACAAAGCGUCAAACACGCAAGUCUGCAGUGCAACCACCACAAGAACCAGAAGUGCUUCCAGCGAAGGAAAGUUUGGUUAGUCCGCCAACUGAGGGCGCGACACACGAGUGUGAAGUAUCAACAGCCGAGCUAUCUUCGACUUAUCGGCGCACGCGCAAAUCAACCCCGCAAAAUGUUACUCCGGAGACAGCAAAGGGCGCCAGCAAUCGGCGAACAAGAAAGUCUGCGCAACUGGCUUUUUCAGAGCCUGAUACAUCAGAUAUCGAACAAGGUACAGACAAUGUUAAAACACAAUUCAGUAGCUCAUCCGAAGGCGGACUAAAUAAAUCUGAGGAUAUUCAAGAAGAAGAGGAAGAAAUAAAACCACCUUCCCCUCCUCAACAGAAGGAUGAAAAGCCCACUCGCCGUACAAGACAGAGUCGCAAUUUGCCAAUGCAAAACGAAGAUGUCCCAUAUCCCCAAACAAACGAUGCUGACUCUUCAGCUGUUGAGGAAGACCCGCAUACACCUCGAACGCGUAAAACUCGGAAGUCGUUGGUCGCAAACGAAGACAGUACAAAUGUAGAUGUUCAGGUUCCAGUAGAAUCCGACAUGCCAGAAGAAAUUGUUUCUUCUCGGCGACCACGAAGAAUAAAAUCUAAGCAAGCAUUGAAAGAAAGCACUGAUUUGUCGCAGGAGUCAGAUGAGAUGGCAGCCGAAGGUGAUGUCGAAGAAAAACCUAUUGCUACUGCUCCUCAAAGGAAGCUCUCGAAGAAAAUGACGUCAGUAGAGUCUCCAGAAACUGUCACAAAAAGAGUUACUAGAGCGCGACAGAAAAAGUAGACUUUGUGUACUGCGGUUUUUAAAGACUGGCUGAUUUAGUUUUACGAGCUCAGUUGGGUGAUAAAUGGCCUCGCAGACUUAGAAGGAGCUAAUCGAAGUGAGUUAUUAGGGAGCUUAAGCAAAGCCGUUUUUGAGCGACGGACGGUAAUCGGAUGUGAGGCUUUUGCCCUUUCAGUAGAUGUGGACGCUGACAACUUUAUAUUGCUAAGUUUCUUUUCAUGUAUACAAGCUAUUUUCCCGGAAAUAUGGACAAAACAACCGCCUAAAAAUGCGUAAGUCCAAUUUCAGUUGCCGUCCAUCGCUCAAAAACACCUUUGCUUAACGCCUUUCCCAAUCCAAAAUCGUUGCAGUCUGGGAGCGUCGGACCAGUUCCUAAAGCCUUCUGUUUGAAUAUUUCGUCCCGAUUAGCUACUCUUGGGUAUGCGAGGAUAUUGAGCCAUUGUAAGUAGAUUUUGUUAAGAAGCAUAUUCGCUUUCCUUGCUAUUCGCACUUGAGACGUUUGUCAAACGAGUUCGGUGGAGGGGAAAUCGGUCUGCUACUACAGGGGAACCUCUAUAUAACAAACGAUUUUCUUUACCCCGUAAUAGCAGAAUAUAUGAAAAAGAACCUCGAUAUAACGUAAUCUAGUUGUUGCCAGCAAAUUUUUCCAGUCCCUUGACCCUUCGUUAUAUUGAGGUUCCACUGUACAGUUGCUUGCAGCUUCUAUGUCGUUGAUUCUACAGUCAACUCUCUCUAAGACUGACGCCUUUGGGACCAGUAGUAAGUGUCGAUUGAAGAGUGAUGUCCGUGUUAUACAAAGUAAAAUAAAUGGAGUAAAGAAAGGCAGGGAUAAAGUCUAGGUGUCCGUUUUAUCGACGUAUCCUGCUUAUAGAGGUGUCCGUUAAGAGAGAGUGGACUGUACCGCUUAAGAGCACCAUCAAGACCAGAAAAUACGGCUGUCGUGAAAAGGUUUUAUAUAUAGGUGUACGAACAGCCUGCUAGCAAGCUCUCUAGGGCGCCCCGCCGCCAGAACGCCCCGGAGAGCUUGCUAGCAGGCUAUUGUACGAACAUAAUUUUUUUUCCUUUUCGAUCGACCACCCUUCAUCCAUCGUAGGAACGGUCAGAAAGACGUUUUGUUAAGUUGUGUAAAAUAGUUUUGUGUACAUACGUUGAAGUGGUAUCGCAAUACUUAAUAUAUCAACUAAAACAGAAAAAUGUUGACUUACUGGAAGUUCUUAUUC